GGGACUCCAGGUGCAGCCCUAAGGCCCGGGAAGAUCUGCGGGAGGCGGCAGGACCCAGGGCGUUGAAUGCCCGGCCACAAGAUCAACCUCCUCCCAUUGGCGAAAGGAUCCCCUAAGAGCGUGUGCCCAGAAGGGAGGCCUCGGCCUGGUCAAGUCCUCUAGCAGGAAGGGUCCCGGACAGUGCAAAGCAAAUGCAGGAGGACCCCCGCCCUAGCCGAUGGGAAAUGCCCCAGCCGUUGAAGGCGGAAGUAACGGCCUGUAGGCAACGGAACUCCCAGCGUUCGCAAAGGAGGGAGGAGCCGGAAACUCAGGGCGCGACGCCUGUGGGCCCAGUGGGAAGAUGGAAGAGUUGAGUCAAGCCCUGGCUAGUAGCUUUUCUGUGUCUCAAGAUCUGAACAGCACAGCUGCCCCACACCCCCGCCUAUCCCAGUACAAGUCCAAGUACAGUUCCUUGGAGCAGAGUGAGCGCCGCCGGCGGUUACUGGAACUGCAGAAAUUAAAGCGGCUGGAUUAUGUGAACCAUGCCAGAAGACUGGCUGAAGAUGACUGGACAGGGAUGGAGAGUGAGGAAAAAAAUAAGAAAGAUGAUGAAGAAAUGGACAUUGACACUGUCAAGAAGUUACCAAAACGCUAUGCUAAUCAAUUGAUGCUUUCUGAGUGGUUAAUUGACGUUCCUUCAGAUUUGGGGCAGGAAUGGAUUGUGGUCGUGUGCCCUGUUGGAAAAAGAGCCCUUAUCGUGGCCUCCAGGGGUUCUACCAGUGCCUACACUAAGAGUGGCUACUGUGUCAACAGGUUUUCUUCACUUCUGCCAGGAGGCAACAGGCGAAACUCAACAGCAAAAGACUACAGCAUUCUAGAUUGUAUUUACAGUGAGGCAAACCAGACCUACUACGUUCUGGAUGUGAUGUGCUGGCGGGGACACCCUUUUUAUGAUUGCCAGACUGAUUUCCGGUUCUACUGGAUGCAUUCAAAGUUACCAGAAGAAGAAGGACUGGGAGAGAAAACCAAGCUUAAUCCCUUUAAAUUUGUGGGGCUAAAGAAUUUCCCUUGCACUCCCGAAAGCCUGUGUGAUGUGCUAUCUAUGGAUUUCCCUUUUGAGGUAGAUGGACUUCUCUUCUACCACAAGCAGACCCACUACAGCCCCGGAAGCACCCCCUUGGUGGGCUGGCUGCGCCCCUACAUGGUGUCAGAUGUCCUUGGUGUAGCUGUGCCGGCUGGCCCACUGACCACCAAGCCAGACUAUGCUGGGUACCAGCUCCAGCAGAUUAUGGAGCACAAGAAGAGCCAGAAGGAAGGCAUGAAGGAGAAACUCACACACAAGGCCCCUGAGAAUGGGCACUAUGAGUUGGAGCACCUGUCUACCCCCAAGUUGAAGAGUUCUCCCCAUAGCCCAGACCACCCUGGAAGCCUCAUGGAGAAUUAAAGAGGGAAGCCUCCUUAAGGAGCCACAGGAUGGUACCUGGCCCCAAAAGGAAUCCUGGGGAGGAGGACAGUGACAACAGGUGACUUCAUUCUUUAGAGUGAACUUUCCAAACCCAGUCCAGCUGGAAACAGCUUAUCUAUAAUCUGAAAUGCUGGCUCAAACAGUUAUGGGGAGGUUCCCAGAUUGCAUAGCAUUCAGAUUGAUUUGAGCAGCUCCUACUGUGAUAAGUGUAUCCCAGAUCCACAAUGUAAAUAUAUGUGAUUUGUAAGAAAGAA